UAAGUUAUUAAGUUACAAAAAAAAAAGUGUGUAUUUAGUGAAAGUAUUAAAAUAAUUAAGGAUUUAAACUAGUGAACUUUUAGAUAUGUAAAUAUUUUAUUAUAUCUUUUAAAGUUUAUGAUAUUACUAAGUUAGAUGUAUUGCGUUACAGUGGCAACUAUGGAAAGGAAAAAUUGUUUUAGCGUGUUGCUCGCGAUGUCAAUUCUUGCAAACGCUUUUUGUGCACCGACACCUGCUUUUAGAUUGAGAAGAGCUGAAGACGACAUAGAGGAUUCGAAUGAUUUACAAAGUAUCUCUAUUAGUACAUCAAGCAUAACUUCGACGGAAAAAACUUUACCAACACCAGAUCCUUUUGACGAGGACGACGAUGAUGAUGAUUUUGAUGACCUUACACCAGCUCCGUCUACCGGCGGCAGUAGUGUGUUCAGUGUACUAAAAUUAGUCACCGGUUUAUUUCCAGGAUCAAGUUCAGCCAAUAUUGUUGAAAGCAUGAUAAAUAUGAUUGUAAAGCAAAUGAUGGUCAAAGCGAAUCGUCGUCAAUUUGUCAAAGAUAAUGAAAUUGAAAACGAAAAAAUUACUAAAUUGAAAACUCCGUUCCAAAAACAAGAGAACGAAAUCACAUCAGCUGAAGGUGAAGUCAAAGACUCAAAGGAAAAUGUAAAUGUAGAAGACAAUGUACGUAAUAUUUCUAAAGAAAAUUCAGAGACCAAUUUAGAUUCUGUCGAAGAAGAUAAUGAUUCGGGAUAUGACUCUGAUGAACCUCUAGGUGGUGGGGAUGGAGGAGGAGGUGGUAUUCUAGGUCUCUUAGCAGGUUUAAGUGGCGGGGAAGAUGGCCAGUCAGAUUUAGGAUCACUUUUAGCUACGGUCAGCGGAAUCGUUGCGAAUCUUAGUGGAGACGGCAUCGAUUUGAAUAGUCUUAUAGCCUCUGGAAUUGGAUUAUUUGCUGGACUUCUGUCAGAAGGAGAAGAGAAUCCGGGAGCUGUUAUUGCUAGUUAUCUUUUGACUUCAUUGGAUACGAUAACUGGAGGAGGAGCGCAAAAUAAUGGCGCAUUUUUCGGAAAUUUUCUUUCCAAGUUAGUCAAAGGCACAAGUGCUGCCGGAGACCCAGAUUCAAGUUCUGAAGAUGGAAGUAAGCCAAUGGCGGAUUCUGGUGGUUUUGUUGCCAGUUUUGUAAUUUCUUUGUUGGGAGAUAUGUCUAAAUCAAGUUCUGGAGGUAGCUCCCAUCGCUGACAAACUAAAUGACAUUUGGAAGCUUUUUAUUAUUUGCUGAUUAUGUUAUUAUUAAUUAAUAAAACUGUGUAUUUGUGAAUACUUUAUUUAUUACG